AUGCAAACAAAAGAAACACAAUUUGUGGAACAGAUUCUUGAUAAGUGUGAAGAUCUAGUUCUAAAACCCAACCCCAAAGGAGAAACUCCCCUUCAUAUCGCUGCAAGGUAUGGACACUGCAGUAUCGCUAAAUUAAUGAUUGAGCGUGCCCAAGCUAAUUUUCCUCAAGACAUUGAGAAUGGAAUUGGAGCAGACAAAAAGCUUAUCAGAGCCACAAAUCAUGAGAAUGACACUGCCUUACACGAGGCAGUGCGCUAUCGUCACUUUAAAGUGGUGGAGAUGUUGUUAGCAAUGGAUCCUUAUCACUAUUAUUGUGCCAAUAAUGCCAAUGAGACUCCGCUUUAUCUGGCAUCAGAGAGACGACAUAGUGACACGGUGUCUCGGAUGUUAGAGAUAAUGAGAUCACCGGCAUAUGGUGGACCCAGUGACCAAACGGCAUUGCAUGCUGCGGUCAUUAACCGUCACAUAAGAACGGCAAGAGUUCUCGUAGAGAAUGAACAUGUGAGAGCAGCAGUCAAACAUAAGGACAAAAAAGGUUGGGUUCCUCUUCAUUAUGCGGCAAAAAUCGGGCACAGACGUUUGACAAAGUUGCUGCUUGAACAAGAUGAAAAUACUGCAUAUAUGCAAGAUAAUCAGGGAAGCACGGCUCUUCACAUCGCUGCUUAUUGUAAUCAUCGGAGUGUUAUGUCAAUGAUUAUAAAAUACUAUCCAGAUUGUUCAGAGAUUGUGGACAACAAAGGCUGGAAUGCUCUUCAUUAUGCUGUAAAUGGGUACAGUUACCGUGCAACAGAGAAAAUCUUGCGCAACUUAUCGCUCAGCAACCUUUACAAUGAGAAAGAUUUUGAUGGAAACACACCCCUCCAUCACAUGGCGAGUUCCAGGUGCAGCACUUGGAAAUUAGUACGUCACCGCAGAGUCGACAUACGGGCCAUAAACAAACAAGAUCAAACGGCUCUAGAUGUCGUGUUCGGUCUAGAAGAUUCCGAUAAAGCAAGGGAAAAACAGUUAUUCAUAAGGAUAUUAAAAAGGGAUGGAGCUAAGACAAAUCAGCGACUAGAUCUAAAAUGGAAGGAACCGACGGAAGAGAGUCGCAAGUUAGAGUUUGCUCCGGAAGCAAAGCAAGCACAUCUAAUAGUGGCGACACUCAUUGCAACGGUGAGUUUCGCAGCUGGGUUUACCCUACCCGGAGGUACAAUACCAGAUGGCGAGCAUAAGGGUAGCCCUGUUUUGAGACACAACGCCUCUUUCAAAGCAUUCAUGCUAUCAAACACGAUAUCUCUGGUUCUGUCAGCUUCUGCAGCUUUAAUACACCUUUUCUCGCCACUGAAUAAUGCCGUGUGGACAGAUCAAUAUCUCUCCGCAGUAGCCUUCUCAUUCACUUUGGUUUCAGUAGCAACAAUGAUUGUCGCAUUCGCCACAGGCGCGUAUGCUGUGUUGGGAUCAUCGGCAAUUGGUAAUGCAGUUAUCGUCAUUGCAUUGUCCUACUUCCUUGUCUUCAGGCAUGUGCUAAAAGAGAGAUUCGGAUACAACUUUCGCCUUCAAUUUACAGCAAGUGUAGUGGCGUCGCUGCUGGCUUUUUUCAAUAGACUAAUCAGGUCCAACUUGUACUUUUAA